AUGUCAAAACUGCUUCCAAUAUGUGGACUAGUCAGUAGUACAUUAGCAUGUAAUUUCUGGUCUAUAAGUGGAAAUAGUGAUUUAUGGGAUGUGGCUCAUCUAGCCCUUCCUUUUAUUAUAUAUAUAAUUAUUGGAUUUUGUAUAAAUUUUCAUAAGAUCUGUACCAAGGUGUUUUUAGGAGAAUUGAAAUCUUAUGAAAUUCGGCAUUCACGCAUAAUCAUUGCAGAUUUUGUAUUAAGUUCGUUACCUUACACAUUAAUUGUUUCUGGUUUUAAUGUAAUAGAUAUAGCAUGUUGGGUUUUGUGGUUGACCCCAUUUGCGUGUAUUAGAGUUUGUCUGGCUAAUAUUGAAGAUAGAGUUGAGAAUUCUGUGUUAUUUGGGGGAAUGAAUGGACUUUUUAUUAGAAGUUCAUCAAAUACAUCACCUGAAGUACAAACUGUGCAGUUUACUUCACAACCAGCCUCACUUACUCCAAUUAGAGAUAAUAUAUCUUUUGUUAAUAAAAUGAAUAUGUAUAAUAAAGCUUGCAGAUAUAUAGAAAUAUUAAUUUUGAGAGUUAGACAAUAUAUAAGAGAAAGUUUCCAUAAAUAUUUACCUUUAUGGGUAGUUUCUCGGACAAUCUCUGGUAGAUACUUGACACCUUUUAAUAUAAUGGAUAAUAGAAGACAACAUAAUUCUUCAGCAUCUUCCGAAGCAACUUUAUACCUGUUUUUGUUAUUUCUAAUGUAUAUUUGUUUGAGUGUUAUUGGCUAUGGUCUUUUUUUUGAUGUGGGUUACUCACUAAAGUUACAUAUAGCCUAUGAACCAAUUAGUUUGUUUAUGCUUUGGAUAAAAACCUUAAUUCGCCUUCCUUGCAUUAGAAGUAUAUUAUCUAAUAUUAAAGGAAAUGUUGAGGACUGGAGUUUUUAUAUACAACAAUUUGUAGAUAUUUCUAUGAAUAUCUUUACACUUUUUACAUAUUUACAUGUACUAAUUGCAUGGGGAACAAGUAGAUCCUUUUGGGAAAUGAUUAUUUGGAUUAGUUUGGGAUGGUUUAAACUUAGAACAGCUUUUAAAUAUGUAGUACUAGCAUAUAAUAAGAUUCAUUAUCGAAUUACAAUUGAUUCUAUACUGCGAAAUAAUACAAUGGGACAUAUUGAUUGUGAUAUGGUUACAUCAUCUAUUCAUUCUGGUGGGGAAUCCUUUAAAAAGAAUAUUUUGAAAACAAAUAAAGAUGAAAAUAAUACAUUUAAAUUUAGUUUUUGUGGUCCUUCAACUUAUAUCUGUGUUAUUUGCCGUGAAACCCUAGAAAAUUCGGAAUCUCAGAGGCUUAUUUGUGGACAUGUAUUCCAUUAUCAAUGUUUAAGACGAUGGCUUGAAAACGACGUUACUUGCCCAAUUUGCAGAACUCCUGGUAUACCUCCUGCUGCUGUAAAGAAACUUCAGCAGUUAAAGUCUCUUGAACAACAAGCUUCAAUUACAGAUAACUUAUAUGCAAACAUAUUAAAUGAUACUCCUAAUCAAAAUUAUUCUGAAAAUGAGAAUGAUAGUAUGACUCAGUUCCAAACAGCCAGGCAAUAUCUAUCUCCACAAUUUAUAUCCCCAAGUAGAGAAGAGAUGGAUGUAAACUUAUCAGGAGAAAGUGGACCUGUGAUAUCUCCUCUUAAAUCAUCAUCAUUUAUACAUAAUGAGUUGAUUAGUAACUCACUGAGGAAUUCUAGAGAUUCUGUAAAUGAAAAUCUUACCAACCCACAUAGAAUAUGUCCUGGAAAUCUUUUGAAUACAGAUUUAAAAUCUUCAGAUAUACAUAACAGGUUUACUGAUGCUGACAGAAGUACACCCACCCAAGGAUCUACUUAUAACGGAUAUAAUAAUUUAAACUCAUCAUUUAAUGAGGGUGCAAGUUCACAUCAAUAUAGACGAACAUCUACACUUCUUUUUGAUAUGAAGGAUUUAUUGAAGUUAAUUUUGCAUUAUUUGAUUGUAAGAAUGAAUACCUGGUGGUCAACCUCUAGCCUUUCUUCUUUGGAUGAGAAUAACUCACCUGAUAGACCUCAAACACCUCUUGGAGGAUCUUAG